GGGAAAAGGAGAAAAAUAUAUAUACCUGACCGCCCCCCCCAACCUUCGCUUCCCCUUCCCACUUCCCGGCUGUCCCCCCUCCGCCCAGCGCAGCCCGCGGAGUCCCUUUCGGUUCUGCCCAGCCCGGGCUGGGGGCCCGGGGGCGGCGGCGGGUCCCGACCGGCUCCCGGGCCGAGCCGAGCCCAGCCAAACCGCACUGGCUUCUUUGUCUGCGGGCGGCGGCCGCCCCGGCCCCGGCCCUGGCCCCCGGCCCCCUGGCCCGAGCUGUGAGAUGAAUCUCUAAUCGGUGGCCGCCGGGCACCCGGAGCGAAGGCGGCUCGGGCUCGGGCUCGGGCUCCGGAUGUGCUAGGUGUGGGCCAGCCCCACCCGACCCUGCAAGUGACCAUGGAUCCUGGAGCUGGGCCAGACUCAUCGCUGACUGUCAAUGAGCAGGUCAUCGUGAUGUCAGGCCAUGAGACCAUUCGCGUUCUGGAGGUUGGAGUGGACGCCCCAAUCCCUGCUGAGGAGGAGGGCAAAGCGCUGGAGGGUGUGGCCGCUGAGGGCUCCCUGAGCGGAGGCCCUGCCCAAGCUGGUAAAGCUGCCGGCGGUGACGCUGGGCCAGACACCCCAGACUCCUCCGCAGAGGCAACUGUCAAGUCACUCCCGGGGAUGCCUCCGAGCCCUGCCCCUGCCGUUGCCACCUUCAGCCAAGCCCCAUGCCAGCCUCAGGCAUCGCAGACCCUGACGCCACUGGCUGUCCAAGCUGCCCCCCAGGUCUUGACUCAGGAAAACUUAGCCACAGUUCUGACAGGAGUUAUGGUUCCAGCAGGGGCAGUUACUCAACCUCUUCUUAUCCCCAUCAGUAUUGCAGGUCAAGUGGCUGGUCAGCAGGGGCUGGCCGUGUGGACAAUUCCUACAGCAACCGUGGCUGCCCUCCCAGGACUGACCGCUGCUUCUCCCACGGGGGGAAUUUUCAAGCCACCUUUAGCCGGUCUCCAAGCAGCUGCCGUGCUGAACGCCGCCGCCCUCCCGGCUCCUGUCCAAGCCGCCCCUCCGGCGCAGGCGUCCUCGCCCGCCCAGCCCCGACCACCAGCCCAGCCCCAGACGCUGUUGCAGACCCAGCCGCUGCUGCAGACCGCGCCUGCCAUUCUACCGCAGCCCACUGCCGCCGCUGCCGCUGCCACUGCCCCCACCCCCAAGCCAGUGGACACCCCCCCACAGAUCACCGUUCAGCCUGCAGGCUUCGCGUUUAGCCCAGGAAUCAUCAGUGCUGCUUCCCUCGGGGGACAGACCCAGAUCCUGGGCUCCCUCACUACAACUCCGGUCAUUGCCAACGCCAUUCCCAGCGUGCCGGGGAUCAGCAGUCAGAUCCUCACCAACGCUCAGGGACAGGUUAUUGGAGCGCUUCCGUGGGUAGUGAACUCGGCUAGCGUGGCGGCCCCAGCACCAGCCCCAAGCCUGCAGGUCCAGGCUGUGACCCCCCAGCUGUUGCUGAACGCCCAGGGCCAGGUGAUUGCGACCCUGGCCAGCAGCACCCUGCCGCCACCCGUGGCUGUCCGGAAGCCAAGCACUCCUGAGUCCCCUGCUAAGAGUGAGGUGCAGCCCAUCCAGCCUACACCAGCCGUGCCCCAGCCUGCCGUGGUCAUUGCCAGCCCAGCCCCAGCAGCCAAGCCAUCUGCCUCUGCUCCCAUCCCAAUCACCUGCUCAGAGACCCCUACGGUCAGCCAGCUGGUGUCCAAGCCACAUACCCCGAGUCUGGAUGAGGAUGGGAUCAAUUUAGAAGAGAUCCGGGAGUUUGCCAAGAACUUUAAGAUCCGGCGGCUGUCCCUGGGCCUCACACAGACGCAGGUGGGUCAGGCUCUGACCGCAACGGAAGGCCCAGCCUACAGCCAGUCAGCCAUCUGCCGGUUCGAGAAGCUGGACAUCACACCCAAGAGCGCCCAGAAGCUGAAGCCCGUGCUGGAGAAGUGGCUGAAUGAAGCCGAGCUCCGGAACCAGGAAGGCCAGCAGAACCUGAUGGAGUUUGUGGGAGGCGAGCCCUCCAAGAAACGCAAGCGCCGCACCUCUUUUACCCCCCAGGCCAUAGAGGCUCUCAAUGCCUACUUCGAGAAGAACCCGCUGCCCACAGGCCAGGAGAUCACCGAGAUCGCUAAGGAGCUCAACUAUGACCGGGAGGUCGUGCGGGUCUGGUUCUGCAACCGGCGCCAGACGCUCAAGAACACCAGCAAGCUGAAUGUCUUUCAGAUCCCUUAGGGCUCAGCCCCCAGCCCUGUGUUCCAGCACUUUGUACCUUCCCUCGGCCUCCGGCCGGCCGUCGCCCCCACCGCCGCCGCUGCUGCAGCCCCUGUCACUCUGCCGCGCGGCUGUGUUUGUCCUGGGUUGUGAGACUCCACUGUGCGCAUGCGCGUCAGCUGCCCCCGCCCCUUCCCUCAUAGAGUUCCCAUCCUGGGGAGGGCAGUGGUGGGGCCCACCGGAGACCGCCAGGCUUGGGGCUGGUCACGCCGAGGGAGGGGAUCUGUGGUGUCACUUAAAGAAGCACUUUGCUAACGUGGUUUUUGAAGGGUGACUUCUGGUUGGGAACCAGAACCCCUCCAUCUUUGGGGCAGGACCACUGGCUCUUGUUAGCUCUUGUUUGGGAAGGCAUCCCCUCUCCACUCUCUCGUCUGCUGUGCUCCUCCGUGUGAGUGGGGCAGGUACCGGCAGCUCAUCCGUCCAAGGGAACCGCAGCCUCACCCACCCGCCCUUUGCCUGCAGGCACAGUGUCCCCUGAAAGGACCCAAGAGAUACAGUUCCGAAAGUGUAAUGUGCUGCUCAGAAGGUCAGACUCCAUAGCUGUCUCGGCCUCCAGGUCGGAAAGAUCCCACAGCCCUGGGACUGGAACAUGUGACCUCCUCUCCCAUCUCUCCCUGGUUCGGAAAAUUGCACUAAAGCAGGACCUUUGCUUUGGAAGGUCCAGGUUGGAAGGAAGCCACGGUGACCUCUAGCUGACCCGGAGUUGACCUGGGUCUAUAGCAGGUUGGGAACUUAACAAAUGAGGCCACCCUCUCCGAUUUUAAUCUAAUCUCUGUCCAUGGCCUUCUCGGGUCAGAACAGUGCGUGGGUUAAGAGCACUUGCAGCCUAGAAAAUCCCCCUGCCCAACCAAGCAGGCACCAGGGAGAAAAAUGAGGAAAGGAAUGCUGACUCGUUUUCUCUUAUCCUCACACUCGCCCCCUCCCUCCCCCGAGUCCUAGGGCCUCCUCAGAAGCGGCAAAUCAAACAAGAUGCCAGACAGCCAGGCCCUGGGGAAAAGGCAAACAUCCCCAAAAAGCUGAUGGCAACCCGGGAAGGUCUUUUUGUGACAGGUGACUUAACUCUCUUUUUCUUGGUGACUUGCAGUCUUGGAUGCUGGAGGAGAAACCUUAAUUUUGUCCAGUCUUAGACCACAUGUUUGCGUGAGUGAUCCCCCCAGUGUACCUCUGAGUCGAGAAUACCCCUGGGGCAGGUCGGGUUUUGCCUUCAGAGAGGGUGGCUCUGGUACGUUGGGGGUGAGCAUCUCAUCUGAGCUGUUCAAUGAGGUUCCCAGACUCCCUGUGGCCGGACAUUCCCUGGAACUCAGUCUGUGACUCCAAGAGGUCCGGAGAUGCUGAGGGGGGCCCAGACUUGCUGUGUAGACUAGACUUCAACCCAAGUCCCAGGGGCAGCCCCCUCCUCUUUUCAGCACUCCUGUGCUUUCAGAGCCGGGUCUCUAGCAGCUGCCCUCCACGACCCCUCACUCGAUAAACCCUGAAGAGGUGGCUGCUGGGUGAGGGCCCGUCACCACCUCUGUGGGUCCCUGGCCCCGCUUCCUCAGGCAGGCCAUGCUUCCUUUUCUGCCUGCGGCUGGGCCCUCGCAGGCCCUUCAGUGCCAGUGUGGCCCCCCUCUCGGUAGCCCUGCCAGGGAGAGGGCAGUGGUGUGUCCAGCUGUCACACACACACACUCCACCCCCGCCGCAUUCUGACCAACUCGCAUUGCCAGAGUGUGGGGGGGGGGUGAGGAAGCUGAUGGGCACCUUGACCGCCCCAGCCUCUCAGGAGAGAGUAAGGCUCCAAAGGUGAGGCUCCACCCUCAAGUUCAGGGUUAUCAACCUGUCUCAGUGAGGUGACCAGCUUACUUGAGAGGACUGUUGUAAACAAGUUUUCAGUAAGAAUAAAGCACCAGAUUUUGUAAAGA